AAUGGAGGGGGCGAAAGGUUAGAUCAAAUCCAGCCAAGCAAUCCGGAUAUCCUCAACCUCCCCCUCCAUUCCAUUGGACCAGAAGCGCACGGCCAAGACCCGUCCCUCCCCUCCCCUCCCCUCCCGCCGCACCAAGCCCAGGCACCAAACAAAAAACCAAUCACCACUCGAGAAAGUUACGCACCAAGAAAAUAGCAGGAGGAAAAACAGGCCACUCCUCUGGCUCGUGCGCCUGCGCUCACUCCGAGAAAAGAAAAAUCGCCUCACCCAAUCCAAUCCAGCGCAGCGCAGCGCUGCUGUUCCUGGGAUUCGAGAGGGAGCCUGAGCUGCCCGGUUCUUGGCUGGCUCCAUGGUUUCUCCGACGUGCCUUUGAUCCGAGGACGAGGAGGCUUUCUUGGAUAGGUGGUGGUGGUUCUUGGAUAGGAUAGGAGGGGAGAGGAGAGAGGAUAGGGUUGUGGGUUGGCCGGCCAUGUCGGUGUCGUCCUCGUCUAUGUGCGGCGGGGACGCCGGGAUGAAGUGCGUGGUGUGGUUCCGGAGGGACCUCAGGGUGGAGGACAACCCGGCGCUGGCGGCGGCGGCGCGCACCGCCGGGGAGGUGGUGCCGGCCUACGUGUGGUCGCCGGAGGAGGACGGGCCCUACUUCCCCGGCCGCGUGUCGCGCUGGUGGCUCAGCCAGAGCCUCAAGCACCUGGAGGCCUCGCUCCACCGCCUCGGCGCAGGCAAGCUCGUCACCCGGAGGUCGGCCGACUCCGUCGCCGCGCUGCUCCAGCUCGUCCGCGACACCGGCGCCACGCACCUCUUCUUCAACCAUCUCUACGACCCGAUCUCGCUGGUCAGGGACCACCGGCUCAAGGAGAUGCUGACGUCAGAGGGCAUCGUCGUGCAGUCUUUCAACGCAGACCUGUUGUAUGAUCCAUGGGAGGUCAACGAUGAUGACGGCCAACCGUUCAACAUGUUCAUGCCGUUCUGGAAUAGGUGCCUCAGCAUGCCGUAUGAUCCCCCCGCGCCACUGCUGCCCCCUAAGAGAAUCAAUUCAGGUGACCUAUCGAUGUGCCCGUCAGACGAUCUGAUCUUCGAGGAUGAGUCAGAGAGGGGAAGCAAUGCCCUUCUGGCACGAGCAUGGUCACCAGGCUGGCAGAACGCGGAUAAGGCGCUAUCUGCCUUCCUGAACGGCCCUUUGAUUGACUACUCGGUGAACCGCAAGAAGGCGGACAGCGCAAACACCUCCCUCCUUUCACCUUACCUGCAUUUUGGUGAGCUGAGUGUGCGCAAGGUUUUCCACCUUGUUCGAAUGAAGCAACUCGUGUGGAGCAAUGAGGGCAACCACGCAGCUGAGGAGAGCUGCACCCUGUUCCUCCGAUCCGUCGGUCUCCGGGAGUACUCCCGGUAUCUUUGCUUCAACCAUCCAUGCAGCCAUGAGAAGCCCCUCCUUGCACACCUCAGAUUCUUCCCUUGGGUUGUCGACGAAAGCACCUUCAAGUUUUGGCGCCAGGGAAGGACUGGUUACCCUCUUGUUGAUGCUGGCAUGAGGGAGUUGUGGGCGACUGGGUGGCUGCAUGAUCGGAUACGUGUGGUGGUUUCAAGUUUUUUCGUCAAGGUCCUUCAACUACCAUGGCGAUGGGGGAUGAAAUAUUUUUGGGACACUUUACUGGAUGCUGAUCUUGAGAGUGAUGCACUUGGUUGGCAGUACAUCUCUGGCUCUCUCCCUGAUAGCCGGGAGCUCGACCACAUUGACAACCCUCAGCUCGAAGGCUACAAGUUUGAUCCACAUGGGGAAUAUGUCCGACGGUGGCUUCCUGAACUUGCAAGGCUGCCAACAGAAUGGAUACACCACCCAUGGGAUGCACCUGCGUCUGUGCUGCAAGCUGCAGGAGUUGAGUUAGGCUCCAACUAUCCUCUCCCCAUAGUUGAGCUAGAUACAGCCCAAGUCAGGCUGCAAGAAGCUCUGUCAGAAAUGUGGCAGCUUGAGGCAGCAUCCAGGGCCGCAAUGGACACUGGAAUGGAGGAAGGCCUGGGCGACUCCUCGGAGGUGCCACCAAUCGAAUUUCCUCAAGAUUUGCAGAUGGAAGUCCAUUGGGAACCAGCGCGGGUAGCGCCCAAUGUGCUCACAACUGCACAGAGACGCCAGGAUCAGAUGGUGCCUACCAUGACAACUUCACUCAACAGGGUUGAAACAGAAAUUUCUGCUGAUUUGGGGAAUAGCGUGGAUAGUAGAGCAGAGGUGCCAUUCCGCAUGCAUUUUGAGCCACGGACUGAGAGGGAGGAAAUUAUUCAAAGCACGGGCAAUGCAGUUGGAACUAAUGGCAUUCACCAUCACAAUAACUUUCAGCAACCUCAGCACCGUAUGAGAAAUAUUUUUGCGCCAUCUGUGUCUGAAGCAUCAAGUAGCUGGACCGGGAGAGAUGGUGGCGUGGUCCCAGUUUGGUCGCCUCCUGCAGCAUCAGGCCAUUCUGAAACUUAUGGAGCCGAUGAAGCUGAUGUUUCUAGUAGGAGUUAUUUGGAUAGGCAUCCUCAGUCGCACCGGAUAAUGAACUGGCAUCAGCUAUCACAGUCACUGACAACAGGCAGGGACGUGGAAAACUCCGUGCAGCCAAAUUACAUCGGUUAGAAAACAAGUUUUCCGGACGCAGAGCGGAGAUCCACGAAACUGGGAUGUAUAGUCGGAGGAGCAUGCAAGGCAGGCGUCUUCGUGGGAGUGAUAAUAGCUAUGUAAAUCUAAUCCUCUAGAACCUGCAAGGAUAUAUGCGUUAUAUAUAGCUUUGCUAGAGUUGGUCGAAAAAAGGAUGUGUAUUAUUGAUCAUCAGACAAUUGAGGGUUUCCUAGUGGGGGAUGCUUAUAUUUUUUGUAGGGGUGUGUUAUAUGUCUAUAUAGCUGCAAACUCCCCUGUGUGAUUGGCAAUCUUUGGUUACUCCUGGACGGUUUUGUGCAAUCAGAAUGUAUAUAUUGACCUUA